CGGCUGUGUGCACAGUCCUGGAACUUUACACUGAAAAUGCAAAGUUCUGUCUCCUCUCACUAGUCAAGACCCAGAUCAACUGUUUUCUAGAAUCACCAGGCCACUUGGGAAUUCUGUGCUGAUUCCAGAGGACCAUUUCACCAUGCAGUGGCUGAUGAGAUCCUGUGUCCUCCAGAGCAUCCACAAGUCCUUCUGUGGCUUCCAUCCUGCUUCUCAGCGCCUGCGUUUGCAGUCACUAUCUGGACCCGGAGCCCCAAGAUGGAAUGACCAGGAAAGACUCAAGGAAUUUAAUUUUGCAAAGGAUAUGCUGGACUACUGGGCUCAGAUGGAGAAGGAGGGCAAGAGAAGUUCAAGCCCAGCGAUGUGGUGGGUGAAUAAUGAAGGAAAAGAAAUCAAAUGGACUUUCCGAGAGUUGGCGGAGUUAACCCGCCGUGCAGCCAAUGUCUUCACACAGACCUGUGGCCUGCGACAGGGAGACCAUCUGGCUCUGAUUCUGCCUCGAGUGCCUGAGUGGUGGCUGGCGGCUGUAGGCUGCCUCAGAACCGGGAUCAUCUUCAUGCCAGGGACCACACAGCUGAAAGCCAAGGACAUUCUCUACCGACUACAAGCAUCUAAAGCACAGGGAAUUGUGACCAUAGAUACGCUGGCCCCAGAGGUGGACUCUAUUGCUUCCGAGUGCCCUAAUCUAAAAACCAAGCUCCUGGUGUCUGACCACAGCCGUGAGGGGUGGCAGGACUUCCGGUCACUGAUAAGAGAAGCAUCCCCUGACCACACCUGCAUUAACUCAAAGGUCACGGACCCAAUGGUCAUCUUCUUCACCAGUGGGACCACAGGUUUUCCCAAGAUGGCAAAACAUGACCAUGGACUUGCCUUACGAUCCUCCUUCCCAUCCUGCAGGCAAUUACUACAGCUGAAGACAUCUGAUGUCUUGUGGUGCAUGUCAGAUCCAGGCUGGAUUCUAGCUGUUGUGGGGGCACUGAUCGAACCGUGGACAGCAGGGUCUACUAUAUUCAUUCACCAUAUGCCCCAGUUUGACCCUAAGACAAUUAUUCAGACACUCUCAAAAUACCCCAUCACCCAGUUUCUUGCCGCACCGACUGUAUACCGGAUGAUUAUGCAGCAGGAUUCUGCCAGUCUCAGGUUCCCGACCCUGGAGCACUGCUGUACGGGUGGAGAGGCCCUGCUGCCCGAAGAGCAAGCGCAAUGGAACAAACAAACAGGCCUCGAGCUUCACCAGGCCUAUGGACAGUCAGAAACGGCACUCACUUGUGCUGUUCUUCGGGGAAUGAAGAGCAAGCCAGGCUCCAUGGGGAAACCUAUCUUGCCCUACGACGUUCAGAUCAUCGACAACAAGGGCAACAUUCUGCCACCCAACACGGAAGGAAAUAUCGGCAUCAGAAUCAAGCCCGUCAAACCCUUUGGCAUCUUCAUGUGCUAUGAGAAUGACCCCGUGAAGACCACUGAAGUGGAGUGUGGGGACUUUUACAACACCGGGGACAGAGCCACUAUUGAUGAAGAGGGCUACAUUUGGUUCCUGGGCAGGGCGGAUGAUGUCAUUAAUGCUUCUGGGUACCGCAUCGGGCCGGCGGAGGUGGAGAAUGCCCUGGCAGAGCAUCCAGCGGUGGCCGAGUCAGCUGUGGUCAGCAGCCCUGACGCCAAGCGAGGAGAGGUGGUAAAGGCAUUUAUUGUCCUGACACCAGAGUUCAAGUCCCAUGAUCAGGUAAAGCUCACCAAGGAGCUUCAGGAGCACGUGAAGACAAUGACAGCCCCAUACAAGUACCCGAGGAAGGUGGAAUUUGUCCCCGAGCUGCCCAAAACCGUCACUGGCAAGAUUAGACGAAGUGAGCUGCGCAGAAAGGAGUAUGGUCAGAUGUAACCAGCAAGGAGCUCGGAAACCAGUGACUGUGACCGACUCCUUGGCUGCCUCAGUUUCCUCUACGGUGACGGUGAGGAGAGGCUCGAAGACAGAGUUGUUUUGGAAGAAGAUCCCAGGUGUUUUGGUUAUUUUACUUUAGUCUCUAUCACCGUCCUUCCUCUAAGUC